UGUGCUGGCGGUGCGGAGUGGAGCCCAGGCGAGCCGAACCGGAGCUUCCCUCCCCCCCACCCCGUCUCCCGGAUUUAUUUAUCUCUGUCCCCAUCCCGGCUAUAAGUUGCGCCGAGCCCUGUGCCCACGAUGAAGCGACCUUGCGAGGAAACUACCUCAGACAGCGACAUGGACGAGACUAUAGACGUGGGGAGUGAAAACAACUACUCAGGGCAAAGUAAUAGCUCUGUCAUUCGAUCAAAUUCCCCAACAACAACAUCUCAGAUUAUGGCGAGAAAGAAAAGAAGAGGGAUUAUAGAGAAAAGGCGCCGUGAUCGUAUAAAUAACAGUUUAUCAGAGCUGAGGCGACUUGUGCCAACUGCUUUUGAAAAACAAGGAUCUGCCAAAUUAGAAAAAGCAGAAAUACUGCAAAUGACAGUGGAUCAUCUGAAGAUGCUGCAGGCGACGGGAGGUAAAGGUUAUUUUGAUGCUCAUUCCCUGGCCAUGGAUUUCAUGAGCAUUGGCUUCCGAGAGUGCUUGACAGAAGUGGCGCGGUACCUGACUUCAGUGGAAGGUCUCGACACAUCCGACCCCCUGCGUGUUAGACUCGUGUCUCACCUCAGCACCUGCGCCUCUCAGAGGGAAGCCGCCGCCAUGACCUCCUCCAUGGCCCAUCACCACCACCACCACCCCUUGCACCCUCACCACUGGGCAGCCGCCUUUCACCACCUCCCGGCCGCUUUGCUCCAGCCGAACGGACUCCACGGCUCGGAGGCCGCCCCGUGCAGACUCUCCUCGGACGUGCCCCCCCACGGCUCCGCCCUGCUCACCGCCACUUUCGCCCACGCCGACGCCGCCCUCAGAGUCCCCUCGGCGGGCAGCGUGGCACCCUGCGUCCCCCCUCUCUCCACCUCGCUCUUGUCCCUCUCCGCCACUGUUCACGCCGCCGCAGCGGCAGCCACAGCCGCUGCCCAGAGCUUCCCCCUCUCCUUCACCGGCGCCUUCCCUAUGCUUCCCCCCAGCGCCGCCGCUGCCGCCGUGGCUGCGGCGACCGCCAUCACCCCUCCGCUGGCCGUCUCGGCCACGGCCAGCCCGCAGCAGCCUGGCAGCGGGGCCGGCACUAAACCAUACAGACCUUGGGGGACAGAAGUUGGAGCCUUUUAGGUACCUCCUCUCCCCUCCCCGUCCGGCUCCCUCCUCUCCCUCAGCGCACGCACCCACCCCUGCGUUCACACACACACACACACACCGACACGCACACACGCACACACACACACACACCUCACUCUCCCCUCUCGAGCUUCCAGGACGGGAUGGGACAGGAUGGGAUGCAGCGUGUCCUCACUGCUCGGCCCGGCAAGAGGUGGCAGCAGGCCCCCUGUGGAAUGGCACACCGCUCCUUGUUGCAGGCAUGGAAGAGGACACAGGAUGGUUUCAGGAUGGUUUCUUCUUCUUCACAGUUUGUUUCGCUGGAGGCAGCUUGAGGAAGCGGCAAUGACUCUCAGACACAGCGUGACCGUGUUGGCAUGUAGAGGUUUCCUGGAAAAUACGUAGACGC